GCCGGGCGCGCGCUCCAACAUGGCGAUGAACGUGUUCCCGUUCCGCGACGUUCGCGCUGCGCCGGAUCCUGUGCUAGAGGCCGGCCCGGUGGCACACGGGCCACUGCCGGUGCCUCUGGUGCUGGACAACGGGUCGUUUCAGGUCCGUGCCGGCUGGGCAUGUCCCGGACUGGACCCGGGCCCUGAGCCGCGCCUGCAGUUUCGCGCGGUGUGCGCCCGCGGGCGUGGCGGGGCGCGGGGCGGGGCGGGCCCGCAGGUGGGCAAUGCACUGGGCAGUCUGGAGCCGCUGCGCUGGAUGCUGCGCUCGCCCUUCGACCGCAACGUGCCUGUCAACCUGGAGCUGCAGGAGCUGCUGCUUGACUACAGCUUCCAGCACCUGGGUGUCUCCUCACAGGGUUGCGUUGAUCAUCCCGUAGUUUUGACAGAAGCUGUGUGCAACCCAUUGUAUUCACGACAAAUGAUGUCAGAGCUUCUUUUUGAGUGCUAUGGGAUUCCCAAGGUUGCCUAUGGAAUAGACAGCCUCUUCAGCUUCUACCACAAUAAGCCAAAGAACUUGAUGUCCAGUGGGCUCAUCAUUUCAUCUGGAUACCAGUGCACGCAUAUUUUACCCAUCUUAGAAGGGAGAUUAGAUGCUAAAAACUGCAAGCGCAUCAAUCUUGGAGGAAGCCAAGCAGCUGGCUACCUCCAGCGUCUCCUCCAACUGAAGUACCCUGGGCACCUGGCAGCUAUCACUCUCAGCCGCAUGGAGGAGAUUCUGCACGAGCACAGCUACAUUGCUGAGGACUAUGUGGAAGAAUUACAGAAAUGGCGGUGCCCUGAUUAUUACGAGAACAACGUCCACAAGAUGCAGCUCCCAUUUUCCAGCAAGCUCCUUGGCAGCACCCUGACCUCGGAGGAGAAACAGGAAAGGCGGCAGCAGCAACUGCGGCGGCUGCAGGAGCUCAAUGCCCGGCGGCGGGAGGAGAAGCUGCAGCUGGAUCAGGAGCGGCUGGACAGACUGCUCUAUGUGCAGGAACUUCUCGAGGAUGGCCAGAUGGAUCAGUUUCACAAAGCGCUGAUAGAACUGAACAUGGACUCCCCAGAAGAGCUUCAGUCCUACAUUCAGAAGCUCAGUUUGGCAGUGGAGCAAGCUAAGCAGAAAAUCCUUCAAGCAGAAGUCAACCUGGAGGUGGAUGUGGUAGACAGCAAGCCAGAGACCCCUGACCUGGAGCAGCUGGAGCCGUCUUUGGAAGACGUGGAAAGCAUGAAUGAUUUCGAUCCCUUGUUUUCAGAGGAAACACCUGAAGUGGAGAAGCCAGUCGCCACUGUCCAGCCCGUGUUUAACUUGGCAGCAUAUCAUCAGCUGUUUGUUGGGACAGAAAGAAUUCGAGCCCCAGAAAUUAUCUUCCAGCCGUCUCUCAUAGGAGAAGAGCAGGCUGGGAUUGCGGAAACCCUUCAGUACAUUCUGGACAGGUACCCAAAGGACGUCCAAGAGAUGUUGGUUCAGAACGUGUUCCUCACCGGCGGGAACACUAUGUAUCCCGGGAUGAAAGCCAGGAUGGAGAAGGAGCUGUUGGAGAUGAGGCCCUUCCAGUCUUCUUUUCAGGUUCAACUUGCCUUGAACCCCGUGCUGGACGCCUGGUACGGUGCUCGUGACUGGGCCUUGCACCACCUAGAUGACGACGAAGCCUGGGUCACCAGGAAAGAAUAUGAAGAAAAGGGAGGAGAGUACUUCAAGGAGCACUGUGCUUCCAACAUCUAUGUCCCCAUCCGCCUGCCCAAGCAGGCGUCCCGCUCCUCGGAAGCCCAGGUGUCCGGCAAGGGGCCGGGAGCCGGUGGGAGCAGCGCUGGCGAACAGGCGUAGCACAGGCGCCCUCCAGAGUCCGCCCUGCCCACGAUGCCCAUGGGCCACGGUGGCAGCAUGACGGGACAGUGACUGUGCUAGGUGUAUCCAGCCCAAGUCUACUGGUCACUUUUGGUUGCAAAAUGGACUUCUCCUGGGGAGAACAAAGUUAAGGGACACUGGGAGCUGCCCUUUAGAAUUGUGUUCAUUUGGGGGCUUCUGCAGUGAAGAUGCUUUCAGUGGCUUCCUGGUACCUUUGUUGAACUCUGAUGAGCUGUGGCAUCGGCUUCCUGCAGCAGUAAAUGAAGACGGGGAGGACAGAGAUGUACAAAGUGUACAAGACUGAUUUCGUACUGUGUUUUAGAGCCUUUUUUGUUUAAAAAAAAAUCCUUUAAAAUUUA